AAAGACUUUCGAUUCGACUUUUUGACGUUGGCAUAUCGUGUAUUGACCGGUAGACAUACAUUUUAAUGAAGAAUUUGGGCCUAAAAUGCUUAUAAACUUGCACAAAAAGUCGUUAGUUACAUUAUAUAUUACUGUAGUGAGGCCUUGUUAUAUUCUAGCUCAGAGUAUGUCGGGAAGCGUGGAUGCCAACAAAUACUCUGUGGGGUAUGUGACCGUCCCUAGUGUUGAAGUGGGGAACACUAUUGCCCGUGGACUGGUUGAGAAUAAGUUAGCUGCCUGCGUCAACAUUAUACCACAAAUAACAUCUAUAUAUGAAUGGGAAGGCAAAAUCACUGAGGAUAGUGAAGCACUGCUGAUGAUUAAAACAAGGACUUCCGAGGCAGACAAACUAACAGAGUAUGUUCGCAAUAACCACCCUUACAAAGUCUGUGAGGUAAUUACACUGCCAAUUCAAAAUGGAAACCCAGGUUACUUGUCAUGGAUUGGAGAUAUUGUGCCUGACACUAGCCCCCCUAAGGAAGAAACUGAACCAGUUGACGAGGGUAAGAAACGUCCCAGUGAGGUCAGUAAAAAUGGCCGAAGGGAAAGUCAGAGUGCUCGUAGCGAAGAGGUUAAGAAUAUCCCAACUACAGAAUGUCCAAGUGCCCCCACUACAGAGAGUCCGAGUGGUCCCAACACAGAGAGUCCGAGUGCCCCUACUACAGAGAGUCAGAGUGGCCAGAGCGAGGAGGCAAAGAGUGCCUCCACCACAGAGGUGACUAGUGGCUUUACAACAAUAGAGAGUAAGAGUGCUACAACUACAGAAACCGUCACUGCCGUAGAGAGUAAAACUGACGCUUCCGAGAUUGUGGGUGGCCCAAAGGCCAAGGAAAUUGGUCACUGUGGUGGACCUACUUGCAAGAAUUAAACAGAUAUGUGUUAAUUUUUAUAGUGCUUAAUGGCGGUUAUGAAGUGUUAUAUACUGUGGUAAUAUUCAGCCAACCCUGCCAGUGUACUGCUUAAUUUAUUGAUAUCUCUGUUUAGAGUUUGAUAGGCUUUUAUGUAUUUUUGGCUUGCAUAUUACUACUUAACACUUACAAUAUGAAGUAACUAUCCUUCAAGUACUACAGUUACUUGAUUUCACUACUGUUCUGGUACCCUGAGCCACCAAUAACCGUCAUUAAUUUUCAUCGCACUUUAACUGCCAUAGAGCUAUUCAAUUUGGCCAGUAGAUUUUAGUGCAAUAAUAUCCAUAUAUAUUUUUAUUAUUUAUCCUAUAAUGAUCAUUUUCUUUUUGGUCAAUGUCUGAUGAUUUUUUAUUUGGAUUUGCCAUUUCUUUUGUAAUUAUUCGUGAAUUAAGGAGAGUUUGACUGACUUCAGCAAGUUAUAUUCUUAAUGCUACUUUCCUAGUAUUUAAGUAUAAAGAAUUGUUUUUUACCCCA